UCAGAGGAGCAGAUGGGUGGUCCCCGUGAGAUGCGCAUCCACGUGCAGCGAGUGAUCGCCAUCCCCGCCCCACAACAUGCCACCACCACCAGAGACCAUGGGACCCUUCGCGCCUCCCACCACCACCACCACAAGGCCAUGACCAGAACGAACAACCCACCGUGCUCCACCAGUUUGUGCCUCAGUCUGCUCCUACGCAGGAACUCGAACAACCUGAGUUGUAUGUGCAGGUACAAAAGAUCCCCAUGGAGGGACCUGCGGUGCAGAUGAACCUGCCGUGGAACCUGAGCCCCGAGGAGCUGCACAUGAUCCACCGCACGGCUGAGGACGCCGCCGCAAACCAACGUCGCGACCAACAGAUCGACAAUGACAUGCAAGAGGUGAAGACGAUCGUGAAGACGCUGGCGGCGGCGGCGGAGGCGGAGGCGGAGGCGGAGGCGCGCGCGCAGGCGGAGGAGCAGGGCGAGGCGCGGCCCGAGAUGGCGCCGCGCGCGCCGCGCACGCUGCUGCUGCCGCAGGACAUGCCCUCUGACGAGAGGCCGCACUACUUGCAGCCGCGCUCGGUGCGCAGCGUGGACGCGCUGGUGGCGCGCGAGAAGCGCGUGAAGCGCUGCGCGUGCAGCUGCGACUAGAGCGCCGCGCAUGCGCUGUGCCGCACUAGCGCACAGCGGCUCUCUCCGUCCAUUUUAUAUCUCCAAUAUUUUGUAACAGUUAAUGAAACCUGUUAGUUAACAUAAUAACGGCUUGUCUCUAACAUUUCUGUAAAUAAAGUUGUUAAUCCAUGAGCUUCCGAUGAUGGUUUUUAAUUACCUAUCGCUGCAUAAAGGUUGUAUUUAUGGGAAAUUUUAUGUUUGUUAAAUAAUUAUAAAUUUUAUAGUUCGUUUGUUUCCUGUUUCGAUGUACCUAUGAGUUUCUAUUAUCGACUGUUCACGUCUUGAGAAUGCAAUAUGUAAGGUAUAAUAAUAGUUUUAACAUUAGGUACGUAUGUAUAGGUACAUAUGUGCAUGUUGUAAUUGUGAGGGUAGGAGGAGGUCGGCGAUGCAAUAUCCAUCAGCAAGAUUAAUUCACAACCGCGAACACGCUCUGUUCAGCUUGUUGUAAAUUGGUUUAUGAGAAAAUAACUCUGAUUUGUUAAGAUAAGAAUAUUUGCAUUUGUCUGGGGUAAUGGAAAUGCAUUUAGUUCUGGAGGAACUCUAAACCUUGUCUGCAAACCUUGCUCCUUAAUUAACUUGUGGUGAUAUUGUAAAAUUUAAAUCAAUCUUGUAUUCUAUUAUUGUGAUCCUAAAUUAAAUUUGUACUAGUUUUA